AGAACCAGUGAAGAAUAAGUUUAAACGGAAGUGACCAUGAACAACUUCCAUGUUAGCGUUUAAAUUGUUGUUAUUUAGACGUUUAUUUACACAUUGGAACUCAAAAUAUGACUCUUAACUGCACAUUAUAACAUAAUUAUCCCAGGUAGCCUAAGUCGCGUUGGAGACGGGACUUGGUUGAUAUUUUAUCAAGGUAACAUUAGCUAGCUGCUAAUGUUAGCUAACAAUGGCUAACUGUAUGGUUUUUCACACUCAAAUAGCCUCCAUUAUGGAGGUUCUAGCGAAUGCCGCCGUGGUAGAGGUCUGCAAACUUGUAGACGACGACUAUGCAGUGUUUCGUUUGGAAAUGACUCAAAGCCAGAAAGAAAACAGGGUAUUGCGGAGGAAACUACAGCUACUGGAACUGAAGGUGGCACGGGAGCGUGCAGAGAGGACAACGCCAGACCGCGUCCUCGCCAGUUUCCCCAGUAGUAUCAAGUCCCUCGACCGAUACAGAGGAAUGGCAAGAGGUGAAGGAAAUCUCACUGGAGGCCACAGGAGCUUUGUGAAGCCAGCGGAACACAAUACAUGGAGAGAUGACCAACCAAUCACUGUUGAUGAGGAGAGUGGAACCGCAACCCAGCAUGUUAUCGUAAUAGAGUCUGCAGAUGCAGAGGCUGCAGGUCCUGGAGGAUCGUCUUUGGUCAAGCAGGAGACUGAAGGAGACGACCCACAACACAGCAGAGACAUCAAGACUGGAGCAGCGGCUGGAGUGGCGCCCCCUGUAGUUACGGACAACCUCGCCACCACGCCCCAGCCCAGGACCCGACGCAGCAUUACGGAGGAGGAGGAGGGUCUGGAGGUGCUGCUGGUGAAGGAGGAGGGCUGUGAGGAGGGUCUGGGGAACCGUGAGGGGACCAUCGUCAUGAAGGACAACCAGACUACACCUCCUGAACCCACAGAGCAACCAGCUGAGAAGAACAGGACCACACACAGUCUCACUGAGUCAGUAAACAACAUGGAGGAUGGGAAGCCUGAUCUGCUGCUGGUGAAAGAGGAGACAAUAGAAGACGGACCAGAGAGCAUUGACCUGCUGAGUGGACUAAAGAUGGGGGAGCAAGGUGGUUGGCUGGAGGCUAACAGAGGAGACUGGGCGGCCAGCUUGGAUUCCCAGACCCAGAUGGGUGCAGCCAAGGGCCCAGGGGACAACAUCACUGAGCAGGCCAGGACCAGAAGCGACAUAGUGGAGGUCAGUGGCUGGGACAGCGUCCUCAACUCUGGGCUGUGGAGCAACACUGUUAACCUCAACCAGAAACCGACAGUGGAACACAAAACAACAUCCAAACUUAGUCUCCAAGACAACAGACUGGCUGAGACUAGUGUAAGGCGUAGAUUUGGUCCGCGGGGACGAGGUGAUGUAAGUAUGCAGCGAGAGCGAACAGAUACAGACUUCGCUAGCAAUGCUCCAUCCUGCUCCUAUAGUUGUGAUUCAGAGAGACUGAUGGCAACUCAGGUUAACCCCCCAACAGGUGCUGCCUUCAGCCUGCCUUCUAUAGGAUCUAUCAACUGGAACAUGGACCCUGUGACAACACAGACACUCCCUGGCCUUCGUCCUCCUCAAACUCUCCUAAUGUUAAACCAGAACUCAGACAAUGCCAGUGCCUCAACACUAAAUGGCUAUACGAGCUCAGUGACAAAUGAAAAUAGUAGAGAUGGAAUCAGUAAAGGUGAUAUCGCCAUAGAGAAGCGCUUCCCGUGUUCGUUCUGUGGGAAAGUCUUCAGUUUCUCCAAACAGGUAGAGAUCCACCAGAGGGUGCACACGGGGGAGAAACAAUUUGGCUGCCACCUGUGCCGAGCCAGUUUCUCUCACUCGUUCAGCCUGAAGAGACACCAGAGAGUCCACACAGGGGAGAAACCGUUUAGCUGUACCCAGUGUCACAUGCGCUUCGCCCAGGCUGGUGACCUGAAGAGGCACCAGAGGGUCCACACAGGAGAGAAACCCUACAGCUGCCUCCAGUGUGAGAAGAGGUUCACCCGCCAGGACCAGCUGAAGAUGCACCUGAAGGUCCACAUGGGAGAAAGGCCGUUCGCCUGUACACAAUGCGGGAAGAGGUUCUCAGAGAGGAGCUACCUCAGGAUACACCAGCAGAAAAACCAUCCCACUCUAUAACAUGGAAAGUAACCAUUCCUCUUGAUAGCUUCUGAUGUUUAGAUCAAAUCAUGCAUUAAAGACAGAUUCAUUUUCAUUGUCAGCAGAAAAGAGCCACCGAUGCAUUUGAAAUAACAAUAGUAGCAUAUUUCAGUGUUGAAUAUUCCUGGGUAAAAUAUUGCAUUCAGACAUUGUAUGAGCCUAAAAAGUCUGUUACAUAGUGUUUGUACUGUGUAGGCUAUAUGAUGUUCACAUUCAUUUUAUUAUUUACCCUCAAACUUAAUGAGAAAAUGAAUGCAGUUCAUCAAGUUCAUGCUGAUUUAUUUUUUAUUAAUAUUUUUUGUGUGGUUUUCAUGUGGUGUAUUUAAAUAUGUUUAAUAAACACAAUGGGACUUUUCAUUAAGACUUUAUAUGAGACUCCCUUUAAUAUGCGUUCCAUCUGAUCUCACCUUAUUCUGCAUACACAUCAGCAGUUUACCAUACUUACUGAAAUAUCUACACACACAUCAAAAUAGUUCAGUCGCGUUUGUCUGAGGAAUUCUCACUUAUCAUAGCUGACUCAUAUUUACCCACAUAUGUCGACCAUAAUGUCAUUCUGUAACUACAGUAUAGGACUAGAUAGAUAGGACUAACAUAGUGGGGGUGGGUAAACACGCCAUGUUGAAAGUGUGUUUAUGUCUGUGUAAUCUGUAUCACCGCUCUCUUCCAGGAGGAGGGGUGUGUGGAGGGUCAGGGGAACCCUGAGGGGACCAUGGUCAUGGGGGACAACCAGACUACACCUCUUCCUGAACCCACAGAGAAACCAGCUGAGCAGGAGCUACCUCAGGAUAUACCAGCAGAAAAUGCACACAGCCCAUUGAUAUGUAAUAAAAAUAUAUUUAUUUCAUAUAGCACUUUUCAUACAGAACCUACCACUUUUAAAAAACAAACUAAAACAAAUUCAGGGAGCUGGCAGUUCAUGGAAGAGGGUCACAGCUAGAUGACAAUGCAGUUCAGUAAAGGAGUAGCUUGACUGGAAUCUGCGUUGAUGGUACAGGGAGACAUCAGUCAGACAGGCCCGGAGCUUUAUCAGGCACAUCUGUCUCUGCAGUACACACCUCCUCCUCCUCUGUAGGUAGGCUGGAACAUCCACCACCUGGGUGAUGCAUCGGCAGCAAUAAGUGCCUGAAAGACCACCACACCUGGGCAGUAAUCGGCAACAGUCUCCUAUGAGGCGAGCCUCUCAUCCCCUCACACUACAGUCCACAUCCUUCCAUGUAGUGCUAGUUUGUAGUUAAUUCUGUUGGUUUUGGAUGUAGUAGGGAACUGCAUGAUGAGGUGAACUGAGGAAAUAAUUAGUAUACUGAUGGUUGGUGGGAUGGAGUCUGACAACCCUUUCCUGUUUGAUUUGAUUAGGAUCCCCAUUAGCCGAUGCCAUUGGUGACAGUUGGCAUUACUGGGGUCUGACA